AUGGACGAGGUGAUCUUCCGCAGGGAAAAGCAUAGCAGUUGUGGUUGUCAGUGCUCAGCCCUGGGAAAGACAGAAAGACAUAAAACUUACUACUAUUUCUUUUUGCUUUCAGAUGGAAAGAACUCAAAUGGAUCCAAGCGUUACAAUCGCAAGCGUGAACCUUCCUACCCCAAAAAUGAAAAUUUUAGCAACCAGUCCCGUCGCUCCAAUUCACAGAAAAGCAAAACUUUUAACAAGAUGCCCCCUCAGAGGGGCGGUGGCAGCAGCAAACCCUUUAGCUCUUCUUCUAAUGGUGGAAGACGAGAUGAGGUAGCAGAGGCUCAGCGGGCAGAGUUUAGCCCUGCCCAGUUCUCUGGCCCUAAGAAGAUCAACCUGAACCACUUGUUGAAUUUCACCUUUGAACCCCGUGGCCAGGCAGGUCACUUUGAAGGCAGUGGACAUGGCAGCUGGGGAAAAAGAAACAAGUGGGGGCAUAAGCCUUUUAACAAGGAACUUUUUUUACAGGCCAACUGUCAGUUUGUGGUGUCUGAAGACCAGGACUAUGCAGCUCAUUUUGCUGAUCCUGACACCUUAGUCAACUGGGACUUUGUGGAACAAGUGCGCAUCUGUAGCCAUGAAGUGCCAUCUUGCCCAAUAUGCCUCUAUCCACCGACUGCAGCCAAGAUAACCCGCUGUGGACACAUUUUCUGCUGGGCGUGCAUCCUGCACUACCUUUCACUCAGUGAGAAAGCCUGGAGUAAAUGUCCCAUCUGCUACAGUUCUGUGCAUAAGAAAGACCUCAAGAGUGUUGUUGCCACAGAAUCACGCCAGUACGUUGUGGGUGAUACCAUUACAAUGCAGCUGAUGAAGAGAGAGAAAGGAGUGUUGGUGGCCUUGCCUAAAUCCAAGUGGAUGAAUGUAGACCAUCCCAUUCAUCUAGGAGAUGAACAGCACAGCCAGUACUCCAAGUUGCUGCUGGCCUCUAAGGAGCAGGUGCUGCACCGAGUAGUUCUAGAAGAGAAAGUAGCACUGGAGCAGCAGCUCGCAGAGGAGAAGCACACUCCUGAGUCCUGCUUUAUUGAGGCCGCUAUCCAGGAGGUUAAGAUUCGGGAAGAGGCUCUGUCUGGAGUAGCUGGAGGCAGAGGGGAGGUCACUGGUGUUGUGACUGCUCUGGAGCAACUGGUGCUGAUGGCUCCCCUGGUGAAGGAGUCUGUUUUCCAACCCAGAAAGGGUGUGCUAGAGUAUCUGUCUGCUUUCGAAGAAGAAACUGCAGAAGUUUGUUCUCUGGACUCCCCUCGUUCUCUUGCUCUCCCUUUGGUAGAAGAGGAGGAAGCAGUGUCUGAGCCAGAACCUGAGGGGUUGCCAGAAGCCUGUGAGGAGUCAGAGGUAGCAGAUGACAAUCUUGGGGAGGGGACCAUUUGUACUGAGUCAAGCCAGGAGGAACCCAUCACUAAACCAGGCUUCACCCAGCUGAGCAGCUCUCCUUGUUACUACUUCUACCAAGCGGAGGAUGGACAACACAUGUUCCUGCACCCAGUCAAUGUGCGCUGCCUUGUUCGGGAGUAUGGCAGCCUGGAGCAGAGCCCAGAGAAGAUCUCUGCAACAGUGGUAGAGAUUGCUGGGUAUUCCAUGUCUGAGGAUGUUCGACAGCGCCAUAGGUAUCUCUCUCACUUGCCACUCACCUGUGAAUUCAGCAUCUGUGAACUGGCUCUGCAGCCUCCUGUGGUCUCUAAGGAAACCCUAGAGAUGUUCUCAGAUGACAUUGAGAAAAGGAAGCGUCAGCGCCAAAAGAAGGCUCGAGAGGAGCGUCGCCGAGAGCGCAGAAUUGAAAUGGAGGAGAACAAGAGACAGGGCAGGUAUCCUGAAGUCCACAUUCCCCUGGAGAACCUUCAGCAGUUUCCUGCCUUCAAUUCCUACACCUGCUCCUCUGGUUCUGCUGUGGGUCCCACCAGCACCGAGGGCCAUGGGGCCCUCUCCCUUUCUCCUCUUAGCAGAAGUCCCAGUUCUCAUGCAGACUUUCUGCUGACCCCUUUGUCACCCACUGCCAGUCAGGGCAGUCCCUCCUUCUGCGUUGGAAGCCUGGAAGAAGACUCUCCCUUCCUUUCCUUUGCUCAGAUGCUGAGGGUUGGGAAGGCAAAAGCAGACGUGUGGCCCAAAACUGCUCCAAAGAAAGAUGAGAACAGCUUGGUUCCUCCGGCCCCUGUGGACAGCGAUGGGGAGAGUGAUAACUCUGACCGUGUUCCUGUGCCCAGUUUCCAGAAUUCCUUCAGCCAAGCUAUUGAAGCAGCCUUCAUGAAAUUGGACACACCAGCUACUUCAGAUGCCCUCUCUGAAGACAGAGGAGGAAAGAAACGGAAGAAGCAGAAACAGAAGCUCCUGUUCAGCACCUCGGUCGUCCACACCAAGUGACACUACUCGCUCACCCAGGCACCUUCUCCAUCUGGUUUCUUUUUCUGUGCUUUUGUUUUGCUGCUGUAAUUUUUAAGUAUUUGAGUUUGAACAGAUUGAUUAGCUUGGGGCGGGGGGAGGGGGUUUCCACAAUGUGAGGGGGAACCAAGAAAAUUUUAAAUACAGUGUAUUUUCCAGCUUCCCGUCUUUACACCAAAAUAAAGUAUUGACACUCACAA